GACCUGGAGCCUGGCACAAUGGACAGCAUCCGAUCCGGUCCCUUCGGACAGAUCCACCGACCAGACAAUUUCAUCUUCGGCCAAUCAGGGGCAGGCAACAACUGGGCCAAAGGUCAUUACACGGAGGGGGCGGAGCUUGUGGACUCUGUGCUUGACGUGGCGCGGAAGGAGGCGGAGUCAUGUGACUGCCUGCAGGGCUUCCAGCUAGCCCAGUCACUAGGGGGCGGGAGCGGCUCCGGCCUGGGUACUCUCAUCAUCAGCAAAGUGAGGGAGGAAUAUCCCGACCGCAUCAUGACCACCUUCUCCAUCGUACCUUCACCCAAAGUAUCGGACGUGGUGGUGGAGCCGUACAACGCGACCCUGGCCAUGCAUCAGCUGGUGGAGAACACAGACAUGACCUACAUCAUCGACAACGAGGCUCUCUACGACAUCGGCAACACCACCGCCAUACAGGAGCUCUUCAAGAGGAUCUCCGAGCAGUUCACAGCCAUGUUCCGGCGCAAGGCGUUCCUUCAUUGGUACACGGGCGAGGGGAUGGACGAGAUGGAGUUCACGGAGGCAGAGUCCAACAUGAACGAUCUGGUGUCGGAGUACCAGCAGUACCAGGACGCUACGGCAGAGGAGGAGGGGGAGUUUGAGGAGGAGGAGGAGGAGGAGGGAGAGAACGCAUAAGCGAGGGAAAGAUGUGGUUGAUGAAGAGAGAGAAGGGGACAGAGGAAGGAGAGAACGCAUAAGCGAGGGAAAGAUGUGGUUGAUGAAGAGAGAGAAGGGGACAGAGGAAGGAGAGAAUGCAUAAGCGAGGGGAAGAUGUGAUGGCAGAUGAAGAGGGGAGGUCGGGGAAGGAAAGAACGCAUAACGAGGGAAAUGUGUGACGGUAGAUGAAGAGAGAGAAAAGGACACUGAGGAAGGAGAGAACGAAUAACGAGGGAAAGAUUUGGUGCUAGAUGAAGAGAGAAAGGGACAGACAGAGGAAGGAGAGAAUGAAUAACGAGGAAAAGAUGUGGAAGAUGAAGAGGGGGAAAGAAAGAGAGAGAGAGAGAGAGAGAGAGAGAGAGAGAGAGAGACCGUGAGAGAGAAAGUGGGAGAGAGAGAGACAGAAACAGACAGACAGACAGAGAGACAGACAGAAAGAUAGACCCCUUAAGUUGUACUAUGAUACAAAAACCUGACGAAAGACAACUGAACAGGGACCGGCUACAACACGUGAUAAUGGUUGUCUCUCAUUGGUGAAAAUGUAUAAAAUGGUUGUCUCUCAUUGGUGAAAAUGUAUAAAAUGGAUGUCUCUCAUUGCCAUGCAAAUGUAUAAAACGGUUGUCUCUCUCAUUGGUGAAAAUGUAUAAAAGGGUUGUCUGUCAAUGGUGAAAAUGUAUAAAAUGGUCAUCUCUCAUUUGCGCGCAAAUGUAUGAAAUGGUCGUCUCUCAUUGCCGUGCAAAUUAUCUGGUAGACAGUAACGGUUGUUUAUAGUUAGUCACAAGACAAGAUCUACUGAGUGUUUUGGGUUUUUUAGUUUACCUCAUUUUUCUCUAUUUGAGACAAUAUUUUUUUCUAGUAUUUGAGACAAUUGUAUUUACUCAUUUUGAGAGUGGUACCCAAAUUUUUAUAAUACAUGUAAUCUUAAACUUUACAACUUUGUCA